AUGACCACCGUGUGCCCGUGGUGGGUCUGCUGCUGCUGCAAAAUCGAACCCGUGCGGAGCCAUGGGGACAAUCCCUGGGCCGCUUAUGCGGUUGGCACCAAUCAGGGCAACCCCGCCAGCAUGAACGUGGGUAAUCGGAGCAUGCGCAUGAACAACAACGACUUAUCCUGGGGCCUUGGCACCUUGGUUUGGACCACACAGGUGCACAACUAUGCUCCGCGCCUCUACCAGUGCCAUUCAAACGCUGCGGAUCGUCAGGCCUUGUUUGAACCCUAUGUGCAAUACAUUCAGUGGCUCUGCAGGAAAUGGGAGCAGCAUUGGAACGUCAUCGGAAUCGAACUGCUGAACGAGCCGGUCUUGGGCGGGAUGCCCAAUUUAAAGCGCUUUCUCAGCUGCCGCCGAGACCUCUUCGAUUUUUAUGCCAACGUCAUGGACAGCUUGGGCAAGAGUGAUCCACCCAUUCGCGCGCCCCUGGCGCUGGAAGACGGUUUCGGCAGCCUGGGCAGCGGCUCAAAUUUCAUGAAGGUGCUCUCGAUGAUUCCCAUUUCCAGCUUUGCCAAAGAGAAACUGAAGGAGUGGGGAGAAAAGAAUCAGCUGAUCUUGAGCAUUCACUGGUACCCCAGCGGUGGCACGCUGGGGCAUUUGGCGAAAGUCACGGUGGAACAGUACGUGGCGAUGGGGAAGAAAGAGUCGGCCGAACUGAUGGCGUCGUCUCCCAUUUGGGUCUCGGAAUUCUGUAUGCUUCUUCCAGAACAUACGGCCAAGUAUCUGGCCGAGUUUACCAAUGCUGGUUCACCCUGCACCACCUACUGGCAGUAUACGGACACACAGUACACGCAGAGCUUCGGUUGGUACAAAUAUCCACCUGAGGUGGGGCGGAGAAGCGUUUUUUCGCGGAGAUUUUUUCAUGGGGAAAGAAGUGGGAUGGGAUGGGGACAUAUACAUAAUGACCAUGGGGCCCCUGUUCGAUAG